AUGCGUGGAAUGUUGAGCCGAGUUCUGUCCAGAGUUUUGAUGAGUCCGCUCUUCACUGGGACAAUGGAAACAGCACAGCUUCACACGGAGACACGGAGGAGAAUGGUGGUGGGUCUGGGUAACCCCGGUAUGGACGGCACCAGGCACAAUGUGGGCCGUGCUGUGCUGGACUCGCUGGCAGUGCGUUUAGGGGCAUCGGGACGCUGGAGCGGUGAUCGUCAGCUGAGCUCAGAGCUGGUGGUGUGCGAUCUAGAAGGAGAGCGAGUCAUUCUGCUCAAACCCAAACUCCUGAUGAACGUGAACGGAGCUGCGGUGGCCAAAGCAGUGAGGAAGUUUGGGGUGCAGCCGGAGGACGUGCUGCUGGUUCACGAUGAACUGGAUAAACCUCUGGGAAAAAUUGCAGUCAAACAGGGAGGAAGUGCCAGAGGUCACAAUGGUGUGCGCUCCUGUGUGGACUGUCUCAACACUGACGUGAUGCGGCGAGUGCGUGUGGGCAUCGGCCGGCCCUCUGGGAGCACCUCGGUGGACCGACACGUAUUGGGCCGGUUCAGUCCGGACGAGAGGAAAACCUUAAACUCUGUUCUGGCUCAGAGUGUUGACCUGCUCCUCAGCCUGCUCUCACCACCAGGGGGCGUGGCAGUCAGACAACAGCAGCAGAAACGACCUAAAAGACAAGCGGAAGAUAUGGACAAAGAUGAGACAGCAUCGCCCUCAUGA